AGCAGGAGACCCUCAGAGCCUUCAGAAACACUGACAUCCAUCAGUCCAUCAUCUGAUUCAGAGUCAUUUUCUGAGGACAGUAUGUUCAUUGAGGAGCAUCUAAUAACGCUUUUUAAACGGAACUGUCAGCAUACACUCACGUACUGGAGCGUAUUCUUCAGCUUUGGACUCUGCAUAGCCUUCCUGGGGCCCACUAUUCUAGAUCUGAAAUGCCAGACGAACUCUACGCUACAGGAGAUCACCUGGGUCUUCUUCUCACAGCAGUUUUGUCUGCUCGUCGGCAGUUCAAUUGGCGGCGCCUUCAAGAAGACGUUGUUCAGUGCCCUUGCUGCUCUCCUCCUGUCCUCCCUUGUAAUUUCUCUAGUUUUUGCCAUCAUUCCUCUCUGCUACAAUGUGCUGUUAUUAGCUGUAGCCAUGGCGGUGUCAGGGCUGGCAAUGGGCAUCAUCGACACUAUUGCAAACAUUCAACUGGUGGCUCUUUACCAGAAAGACUCUGCAAUCUUCCUGCAGGCACUGCACUUCUUCAUUGGCUUUGGGGCCCUGGUCAGCCCUCUGAUCGCAGACCCCUUCCUGUCAGAGCACUGCCCCGGUAUCAACAGCACAGAGGAUGACGCAGGAUUGAUUCACCACUUCAGACACAGCCUGGCUGCCGGUUUCAGGAGCCCCGUACCUCUCAACUACUCUGAACACUCUGCGCCGAUCACAGAGCAGUCCAGCGUGUCCUACGCAUUCUGGAUCAUGGCUCUUAUUAAUCUGCCAGUGCCCAUUGCAGUGUUUGUGUUGAUGUACCGAGAGAAGCUGAUCCCGUUUUGCCCGAAUGGCUCUCCACGUUUGCUGGACAAGGAUGAGCUGGCCAUGGAGACCCAAAUGCCAGAGACAGCAGAGGCUCCUGAACAGGAUGCAGGAGGCCAUGGUGACCUCUUCAGCUGCUGUAUGAACACUAACCUUCGCGAACUUCCUGCUUCAUUCUUUGGAGUCCAUAUUCUAGGUGGGAUUGUCCUCUUCAUGACUGAUGGCAUUGUGGGGGCCUAUGCUGGUUUUGCGUACACAUACGCUGUGUCAGCUCCGAUGUCACUACAUCACAAAACAGCCGGCUACUUACCCUGCAUCUUUUGGGCUGCCAUCACUGGAGGACGGCUAAUGUCCAUCCCGCUCGCCUAUCGCCUCAAACCACUGUACCUGCUCAUAAUCAGCCUGGCUGGUGUGAUAAUCACCGUCCUCCUGCUGCUGAUUCUCUACACCAGUAGCAUAUUCCUGUUUGUAGGAACGUGUUUACUGGGCCUGUUUCUCAGCAGCAUCUUCCCAUGCAUGCUCGCCUAUACUGAGGACAUUCUGGACUACCAGGGAUGUGCCACUACGGUCCUGGUGACCUGUGCUGGAAUGGGUGAAAUGGUCCUGCAGGUGCUGGUCGGAUCGAUAAUGCAGACAGCGGGCAGCUAUAGUUUCCUUUUGUGUGGGAUGGUCACCGGCUGCAUUGGCUUCGCCCUCUUCUUUGGCCUGGUGCUGUGUCACCGCUACCACAGAAACUACCUCAGAGGAACAUCUAAAAAGACAGCUAUGGCGGAGGAACCAGCUCCAGAACCACCUCCAGUACCGGCACUAGUAUCAGCUCCAGCUCCAGUACGAGCACCAGCUCCAUCACCAGUACCAGUGCCAGCUCCAGAAUCGGACCCAGUACCAGCACCAGUUCCAACUUCAUCACCAGUACCAGAAAAAGCAGAAGAUCUUUGA